AUUUAAUUAAUGUAUGCGUGUGCGUGUGUGUUGUACAAUUGAGACACGCCUACAAUUUCACCUAUAUGAUUUUAUCUAAUCAAUAAACAUUCUCACUUUUCAUUGGUUAUAGAGUAGAGAAUUUUCAACUAUGAACUAUAACAUACACAUAACAACUUGAUACAAUAAUGAAGCACCGAUCAAUCAAUCUAUGAAUUCACGAGAAAAAUUUCCAAAUGGAAGAAAAACAAAAAAAACAAAACAAAAAAUAAAAUAGAAAUCAUUACCUGUAAAAAAUUAUCAAUGUUCAGAAAAAAAAAUCUGAAAAGAAAAAACACCUUUUCUCAAAUAUUUUACUUCAUAUGGGAUAUAUUGACAAUUAGUUAAUGAUUCCGGACAUUUGAAAAGAAGAAUUGAAUUGUACUUUAUGUAGUUUCUUUUUUUUUAUCAUGAUCAUGAUCAUAAUGCUGAUCAGAUGGAUUGAUUGAUUGAUUAUGAUCUCAUUACAUAAUAUUGAUUUAUAUCAUGUUUUAAUAAAACAAAAUGUUCAUUAUACAAUGCAAAUGUUAAGUAAUUUAAUCAUUGAAAUAAUUAUUUUCUGUAUAAUAUUGAAUGAUUACGAUGAUGACAAUUGGAUAAUUAUCUAUUUACAUCUAACGAACAUUAUAAUUUCUGUUAAGAAGUAUUUAAAACAAAACAUAUUGAAAAUAUGGAUUGGAAGUAUAAUAGUCAUUUGAAUCCUACACGUUCUUCAUUAUCUCUUCAAUUAGAAAAUGGGUCAUUUUUAACAAGUGACACUUGUAUAGAUCACAUACAAUUAGAUGAUUUGGUAGCACCAACGCAUGAUUGUUCCUGUUUUAAACUACCUCCAAUACGAUUAAAAACAAGGAAAUUACAUCAUCGUCAUAAAGACAGUCAGUCCGGUGAAAAACUAGAUUCUAUUUACUCUAGAUCUAGUUUACCGAAUAAUCAAAUUGCAAUUAAUACAAGUACAGGAAAACCACAGCAACGAACACAAUCAAUCUACCAGCCAAAUGAAUUAAAUAAUGACACAACACAACAAUUGUCUCAACAGAAUGCAACUAAUAAACUCAGUAUAUCUUCAAUUAAAUUAGAAGUUCCCGUAUUACCUUUUGCAAAUCAAACACAGGAUAAUAUACAACAGAUUAAUCAAAAUAAACUUCAAUGGGCAGUAAAACGUUUGUACAAAAAACAUGACUGGAAAAUUAUUGGAACACAUAAAAAGCAUACCGAACAAUUGAAACAUUUAUGUUGGCAAAUUCUAUGGUAUUUUCUUACUACAGCAUUCCUUAGUACAUCAUUUGUUUGUUUUAUAGAAUGCGUACCAAAUAUCUAUGUUUACACUUACUGGGAUAAUUCAACUUUUCAGGAACUUGUAAAUCCUCCGUCAUUGGCUUCUUAUACUAUAUCAUUUUGGUUAAUUUUAAUUUACCCGAUAUACCUCAUUAUCAAUUUGUUAUUCCGUUUGGAAGCAUUUACAAUCACUGAAAUGAUUAUGAAUCAUGCUAUCAUCGUAGCAAGUGACCAACCAAAAAUUAUGAAAAUUAUUGCUAGAUGUAGUCUUUUAUCAAGUUUAUGGCAAAUAUUUAUACACUGUUAUAUUCGCAGUUUAAGAAUUAUAACACCAAUUGAUUGUGCCGCUAUCACAGCUGUACUCCCUUGUUUUUUAUACUUAUUAUGCUGGAUUAUUGUACAUAGACGAUUUUGUGCUUUACGGGUCAUUGCAUUCAUUAUGGCUUCCAGUGGGGUAAUCUUGAAUAUAUACAGUGAUCAAUUGGUAAUGUGGUAUAAAUGUCUUACUAGUGUGUCGAUAAUUAUCUUUUCAUUAUUUAUAGUUAUUUUGAAACGUAUUAUUAAUAAGCCUACUGUUGGACAAAUGGCUUGUUUUUAUUUCGCAUUGGGCUUAUUUAACAUUUUAAUUACUUGGCCGAUUUUUGUAUUCACCUCUAUUCUGACCUCAACAGAAAUAAUAACUUGGAUAUAUUUACCAUGGGAUUAUUUUAUUGGUGUUGGAAUUUCAUAUUUAGGUAUCACUGUUUUUAUGGAUAUGAGUUGUCGUAAAACAAAACGAAUCAUAAGAGCUAUUCAACCAUUAUGUGCUUUACCUAUUUGUAUUAUUUAUGAAUUAUUUUGGAUGAAACGAAUAUUGAUUAUGUCUUCAGUACAAAUUUCAAGUUUAAUUCUGAUUACUAUUGCUUGUCUACUGAAUGCAUUUCCAACUAGUUGGCAAAAGCAUAUUGCAAAAAUAUUAAAAAAGAAUCGUUCACCAAAAUCUCAACCAAGCACUAAUAAACGUUCUAUUAGUUUAAUACAAAGAAAUAAAACCUCCAUGAUUAUACCAUCUUCAGGAAGUACACCUGUAUCUAGUAUACAACGUUCAUCGAUUAUAAAUGUGAAUCCAACUACUUUAAACACCAGUUAUAAUAAUAACAAUAAUCCUGCAAUUCGUCCAUUAAGUGCUGGUUCAAUACGUCAUGGAAGUAUUAUUAAUUCUUUAAAAACAAAAGUUUAAUCUCAGAACAUAAUCAGUUUAUCAAUAACAUUAAUCUUUCACCUUCUACAUUAUUUUCAAUUCCUGUUUAUUGUUGUCUUUUAUUCUUCACUUUCUUUUACUGUUUCUAUGACGAGCUCUUUUUAUAAAGUAUGUACAUAUUUAUUACAUUUUUGUGUAUUAUUAUUAUUAUUAUUAUUAUCAUCAUCAUCAUUACCCGCUUCUUUCAUCGUUGCCUACUUUUACUUCUACUUCUUUUUUUCUCUUUCAUCUCUUAAUUAAAAUUAAUGUAUCAAUUUUUCAAAGGGAUACUUUAGAUUUCUCAAAUUAUUUAAAUUAUAAUUUGAUUAUGUGUUUUAAGAGGAGGAAAAAAAACACACAAUAAAACACAACACAAUCAUUAGACUAUUGAAAGAAUCUAGACAAAUCAUAUAGAUUUACUAAUUCAUUUGUUUCUUAUUGUAUUCGUUCUAUAUUUUCACGAAUGAUUUUAACUAAACAUAAACAAAUUCAUUAUACCAUUAAAUAAAUAAAGAAAGAAAAAGAUUAAAGAUAAUUAGGUAAAGUAAACUCUUUUCAUUUAUUUUAACUUACUCAUCGAAUUAUGUUGUACAGUCUUAUUGAUGAGUAGUUUUUUUUUAACAAGUAGUAGUAAACAAGAAAAUUAAAAAAGAUCGUGUCAUUAUUCAUAAUCAGUCAUGCAUAAUAAUCAAUUACAAUAAUCAAGGAAAUGAAU